UAUAUAUAUAUAUGUAUAAAUGAAUGUAAGCAAAAUGGGUGAAGCAGGGGUUUUUAGCAAAAUGGGUGAAGCAGGGGUUUUUAGCAAAAUGGAGUCUUCAAGAUGGAGUCUUCAAGGCAUGACUGCACUUGUUACUGGUGGAACCAAAGGGCUCGGGCAUGCAAUUGUGGAGGAAUUAGCUGGAUUCGGAGCGAUUGUGCAUACAUGCUCUCGAACUGAAACCGAGCUCAACAAUUGCUUACUCGAAUGGAAAGCAAAGGGUUUUCGGGUUACAGGUUCGGUGUGUGAUGUUUCAGAUCAAACUCAAAGGGAGAAGCUGUUAAACACUGUUUCCUCAGAAUUCAACGGGAAGCUUAACAUCCUGAUAAAUAACGUGGGAACGAAUACAACGAAAUUGGUGACGGAUUACACGGCGGAAGAUGUUUCGUCUUUGACGAGCACCAACUUCGAAUCGGCUUUUAACAUUAGUGUGUUGGCAUAUCCCCUUUUAAAAGCUUCAAGUGCUGGAAGCGUUGUGUUUAUGUCUUCAAUUGCUAGUCUAUUACCCGCAUACUUUGGGGCUAUAUAUGCUUCCAACAAAGCUGCCAUGAGCCAGCUUGCGAAAUACUUGUCAUGUGAUUGGGCAAGAGAUAAUAUUAGGGUUAAUGCUGUUUUACCUUCGGUCGUCAAAACAGCCCUCCUUGAAAAGUAUUUCGAAGUUAAUAAAGAAGGAUUAGAGGUAACCCUAAACCGAACACCAUUAGGACGGCUUGGACAGCCGAAGGAAGUGUCAGCUAUGGUGGCUUUCCUGUGCCUACCGGCGGCUUCAUAUGUAACGGGGCAGGUUAUUUGUGUUGAUGGUGGGAUGAGCGUGAAUGGCCUCUUCUUUCCUAAGUAAAUCAUGAAAGAAACAAGGAGCCAUGAACUCAAGUAUGUAGGUUGAAAAUUGAGAUGAAUUGGACAUGUUUAAGCUAUGAGAUAUGAAUAAGAAGACAUGUUUGUCAACUGUGAAUGUUAAAAGACUUAUCAUAAUUUAAAUAUGUUUUUAAUGGUCUAA